AUGGAUGAAAAUAACGAUGCGCAGGAUGGUUCGGGACUUCGACGAGACGUGGGCUCCGCCGAAGAUAUGGAUGAUCUGAAGGACAUGCACAAGACGUUGCCAGAGUACAAGGAUGCGGAGUGUGUGGAUGGAGUCGACCCUCAGUUCCUCAUCGACGCGCUCCGCAGCAGACACUUUCCUUGGCGAAAUCUCAUGGAACAGCUGAUCGGCGUGUGGGCUGUGACUCACCGGCCCUCGCGAAAGUCUUUGCAAAUACUCCUGGGUCUGUUCAGUUUCGUCGAUCGACAAGGCUACCGGUUCCGCCCGGAAGAUGCUCCUCGUUCGGUUGAGCACCUCAUCAGUCGGAUGCGAAAACGACUGCCACAUCUCCCGGUUUUCGAGCGAACGAUCAAUGACAAGAACGGCGAAACUGCGAAGGCGAUCGACAUCCCUUUCAACGUUCUGCUUCAGCGAAUGCUUUCCUGCCCACGCGUAGUCGAAGAAUGGCGCAAGAAUUUCGGCGGGCACGUCAUGUCACGUAGCGAACGCGCCAAAAACAACCUACCCGACGAGCACAUCACGCCGGUCGCUACGGAGCUAGCGGACAAGGCCUGCGAGACUUACAUGAACGGCAAGCUCGUUCGAUCCUUUUCUCACAUGGGCCUUCAAUGUGUUACGGCUGGAGAUGGGGUGCAGGUGAUGGUCGGUGACACCAUCAUGGCCCGCGUGCCUGACUGCGGCACGCCCCAGCCAUGCAGGUUAGCUGCUAUUUCUGGCGGGACCUUCAGAAACGAGACAGAAGAGAUCUGCAGCUUGCAGGAGGAGGGCCGGACUUGGCGGAACGGCUGGGGCUGCAGGAUGAAGAAGAUAGCGGUAGCGAGGCCAGCAGCAGCAGCAGCAGCAGCAGCAGCAGCAGUGACAGCAGCAGCAGCAGAAGCAGCGAGGACGGCAGCAGUGAGGACGGUUGCAACAACGGCGGCGGCGGCGGCGGCGGCGAAGACAGCAGCAACAGCGGCAGCCGUGACAAUAGCCGCAGCAGAAGCGGGGACAACGGCAGCAGCAGCGAGGACAGUAGCAUCGAUGGCAGAGCCACAAGGAGAACCAUUCAGGCCCAAUGCCGGACAAGCGGCCGUGAGAAAAACCACAGGGGAAGCGGCGGACCCCGAUGGCCGAAGCACCAGCUCGGAGGAGAGCAUGGGUAGCAACGAGGGUCAUCUCGUUGUCCGUAUCAAUCGCCUCCUGUCGAGGCGUGAGGUGGGCCAUUCUUUCGCAACUAAGCGUCGACGUGAGGAGAAGUACGAACAACUCUGGGAGCUCACGAACGACCCACUGGAAAUACGGGUCGGGGCGAUGUCGGGGCGUUGUUCGGUCCUUGUACCUGGCGAUACAUCAGAACCAUCGGAUGGUGACGCUGUGCCUGCAUAUGACGGGGAAGGCUUCGUUGAACAGAUCCCCCGGACAAACGAGCUGCGGCUGGCGAUGGCACCUUGGACGAAACAGGGAUACCACGGUCGGUUCUUCGAUCAGAGAGCAAGCGGAGUUCACAAGAACCUGGCGGGGCUCCCUGUGAUCUCCGCGGGCAUAGCGUGCAGCUCGGACGACUUCAAUUACUUUAGCCUGAGCGGCAGAAAGUACAGCGUGAAUGCGACUUUCGUCGGGUGUGGGUGCAUGUCGCCAACUCUUCUACGACGUCCUCGACCUUGGUACCUGGCUACGCUCGGGUUGCCGGGCGCGGCGUGGGAAUUGGAUAUCUUGCCUCUCAUGAAAAUCAUUCGCCGUCUUCAGAAUGGGUGCAAGGCAGAGAUUUCGGUCGGAACCAAGCUAACCGUGACGAUCAUGGGCUUUGUGAUGGAUGCUCUUGAUCCGGCUGGUUCUGAUAUUGUGCGUGCUCGGUUUGCAUGGCGCCGAAUGCUGCCCCGGAACGUCUCGCCGAUAGCCGACAUCACCAGUGCUGGAGGUUGGUCGGCGUUGACUGGUCAACAGUUGUGGAUCGUUUCCAGUAUCUUCCCCUUCCUCCUCGCGCCAAUGUUCUCCAGUCCGGACAAUCUGGUGAGUACGGCUGCUGGGCAGAGAUAA